AUGACUUCCUUUUUUGUACCCCGUCGGGUUCUUACACCCUCCACAGCAACUCUCAGAGUUGCCUCUCGGCCCUUCUCAUGCCACUCCGCCCUACGGAACGACAAGCCCGCCUUCGCAUUCAGCCGCGGCCCAGCGCCUCCCAGACUUCCCAAGGAAGAACAAGAGAUCUUUGAGGAACUUCAGAAGCAAUCCACAGGCGCAUUCAGUACACCUCAGCGGACACCGCCCAAGGUCAACCAAUCACCCCAUUCGCAGCCCGCCAGUGAAGAGAAAACCGAGUUCAAGGCUACAGGCAAGGGAGAGGAGCUUCAUCCCGACCUGCGACUGGGGAUCAAGCCUGAGUUUGAGGGCGAGAAGAACCCCAAGACUGGCGAGAUUGGCGGGCCCAAGAACGAGCCGCUACGAUGGGGCGCAGGGGGAGACUGGAGCUAUGGCGGGCGUGUGACUGAUUUUUGA